GGGUUGUGGAAGGUGGUGUGAUCGUCAAGCGGCCGCUAUAGCUGGUGUGCAAGGGUCGACGCUGUUCCCAUAACAAUGACAUUCUGGCCAUGUCUCCAUCGGAUGUGGCUAGUGCGGAGGAGGAGUGGGAGGACAUGAUGUUCAUGCUCAUUCUCCUCAUGACCCAGUGGGUGAAUAAGCGCAACGCUGCGGCCAUGGCCAUUCUUGAAGCAGUCACCAUCACCCCGUUCAUGUUCCGGGAUGUAUCGGGGGCGCUGACGAUGCUUGCAGGGGGGGUGGUUCACGGAAUGGCGUUGAGCUGGUUGGCAGCGCAGGAGUUGGGAAGACACCUAAGGUUUCGGAGAAGGCGUUUGUGGAUGUUGGAGCGUAGCGGAGGUUUGUGGAAGGACCUGCAAAGGGUGGGUGGGGAGCACAAUAACGUGUUCGUGCGGUUCUGCAGAUUACCGCGACCACUAUUUUUGCAAGUUCUCCAGCGCAUCACCCCCCAUAUCCAGCGUGCGCCUACCAAUUUUCGGUUGCCUCUACUGGCCGGACAGAAGUUCGCUUGCGCACUGAUCCGAUGGGCGACGGGCGGGUACUACUGGCAAUUGGCCCACAGUUUAGGUCUGGGCCUUGCGAGUGCGUUGAGAAGCAACGAGGACGUCGCAGAUGCUAUCCUCCACAAGUACGGCCACCUCCUCCAAUUCCCUACAGGAAGGCGUUUGGAAGAAGUCCAGAAUGCUUUCGAGGCGAAGGGGUUUCCCGGAUGUGUGGGGGCCAUCGACUGCACACACGUGUAUAUUGACAAGCCAAACGGGACGCGGUCAGAGUGCUAUUAUCAUCACACUGGAGACUUCUCGGUCGUCGCCCAGGUUGUGUGUGACAACGAGUGCAGAAUUGUCAGUGUGUAUGUCGGUUGCCCUGGGUCCGUGGACGACUCUCGUAUGCUGUGGAUGUCGCCACUGUACCACAACACCAUGGCAGGCAGAGGUGUGUUAUACGAGGGUGGAGCUAUCAUGCACGAUGGGACACACGUGGGUCAUUACCUGCUUGGAGAUGUCGGUUAUCCCCUUCUCCCGUGGAUCAUGACACCUAUGGGAAGAUUCGCCAGAACUGAUGCAGAUCGGACUUACAACGAAUGUCACUCAGCGGUGAGAUCUUGUAUAGAGCGGACAUUCGGACGUUUGAAGACCGUAUGGACGAAUUUCAUCCGCACUCACAUUGCGAACUUGGAGACGCUGUGCAAGGAAUUCAUGGUUGUGAGGAUACUACACAACCUCAUGAUUGAGCACAGGGUGGAGAUCGACCCGGACCAGUUGAACCACAGUAGCGACAGUGAGGGUGACGGGCCGACACGCAACCGCCGUCGACGUCGGCGCCGCCACCGGCGAUUGCCACGUCACAUUCCUGAUCUGAACAUCGAAGCCAUGCCGGAGAUUGAUCCUAGUUACGGUUCCGACCUCGGAGCGAGGGUCAGGGCUAGCUUGAUUGAACAUGUGGCCCAUCAUGUGGAUGUUCAUGGUCCACACCCGCCAUGUCCGUGGAGAUAGCGCAAUCAUCGAUGUGUGUGUGGGUGUGUGCCUGUUGUACCGAACAACCGACGAUU